AUGGCCACGGGGGACCAGCCCAUUGGCCAUGUUGGUCUGCCGCUCGUAGCAGGAGGUGGCGGCCCCAGUGCGUUCCUCGAAGAUAUGCGCAGGCUACCGCUGCGGCUGGUAGAUGCGAUGGAGACCAUCUGCUCCAUGGACCGCGCCAUCAUCGGCUACCGGGAGGGCGUCAUGGAGUGGAUUCGCGGGCUGGCCCAGCAGUUGGACGGUCAGCGAGCUGCUUGGGUAGCCCGGCUGCACCCGCGUGUCAGGCGGGUCAUUGGGCACCUGCACCUCCCGCUCCUCAACAGGCUGCUCCAGGAGAUUCACUACGAGGAGGACAUGGACUACAUGGACACACUGACCAAGGGUCGGCCGAUGCUUGGAGAAGGGCUGCUGACGACGGGCCUCUACCCGCCGCAGGCUUCGAGGGCCACUACCACGGUCACCCAGUGGGCGAGGUCACCGCGGGCACGCAAUCUCGACAUGAUCCGGGGCGUCUGCGAGCCGCGGGACCCGACCCUGGACACCUUGGCCUGGGCCAAGGUCAAGAAGGAGGUAGACCGCGGGUACGCGACUAUGCGCAGCUUGGACGAGUUCGACCUGGACCGAGUGUGCCUCACCCCCCGCUUUCCCAAGUGGGAACUGAAGGAAACGGGGGAAUGGGCCGCCAGGCCAAUCAGCGAUUUCAAGCGCUCUGGUGGGAAUGAUACGGUAGACCUCCGGCAGAGAUACACGCCGGAGGACUUGGUCCUGGCUUGGGCAGUGACCCGCAAGUGGAAGGAGAUGUGCGGGGCAGAGCGGGCGCUGGAAGGGCACCGCGCCGACUAUGAGAUGGCGUUCCGCCAGUGCCCCAAGGACCCAGACCAGGCCGACCUCACGCUGGAGAUCACUUGGGACCCGGAUAACAAGAAGGUGGUGGUCGUGGACGUCUACGGCCAGCCAUUCGGCGGGGCCUUGAGCCAGUUUAACUACGUUCGUGACCCGGCGGCCAUGGUUGCAAUCGCCCGCUCGCUCCUCAAGAUAGCGGUGGCACACUACACGGACGACGCUUGGGGCGUUGAGCCGGCGCCGUACGGGCAACAGGCGCAUCGAUUGUGGUUGGAGUUAAACAAGCUCGUGGGCUGGCGGAUCGACCUCCAGAAAUGCCCCGGGCCCCAACCACGGUUCAAGCUGCUCGGGGGCCUCCACUACGUCGGCGAGGGCGACCCGCACAGCGCCCUCCACCCGCCGAAGGUCCAGGCCAUCGUGGAGGCCAUCAACCAGGUCCUGCAGAGGGAGAAACUCACUGGAGGAGAGGCUGGGACACUACGAGGGCAGCUCGGCUGGGCGAGAAGCUUCCAAUUCGGGCGCUUCGGAGCCGCCGCCUUGCGGCCGUUGGCGGAGCGGCAGUACGACGGCAAGCACGUGGGCCUGACCCCGGCUCUCCGCAGCGCUCUUCUGUUCUGGAAGCGUAUCCUGGUGGAGGCGGUGGGGCGGCCAAUCCCGUUCAUGCCAGAGAAGAUGGCGUUCCACGUCGUCGUUACGGACGGGGAAGGGACGGGCUCGGUGGCCGCGGGCUGGUGGCAGCCCAGGAACAAGGGGUGGCGGCCGCGCGUGACAAGAGCCCGAGUGCCGGCAGCGUGGCGCAGGGCCUGGCAGCGCCGUGAGAAGGGCGUCGACAUCAACGAGGUGGAGGCUGUCGGGCCUUUGCUGGCCCUGAGUACCUGGCCAGACCUCAGCGACGGCAUGCUCAUCUGCUUCAUUGACAACGAAGCAGCUAAAGGGACCCUGAUCCGGGGCACCAGCUCGGCCCUGGCCAUGAACGUUAUUACGCACCACACCUGGGAGCUCUUCAGGAAGCGGGCCUUGCAUGCAUGGGUGGAGCGCGUCGCUACCGACGACAACCCAAUCGACAAGGCAUCCAGGGGCGACGUAUCAGACCUGUACGACCAGCAGUGGCACAUUUGUGAUCCCGUAUGGCCGACCAUCGACGAUUGGGACAAG